CUUAUUUCUUUUCUGGAGUCUCUUGACAAAGCCCAGUCUAGUUGAUCUUUCAAGGCAAUUAUAAAAUUGGGGGUCAUAUCUCUUUCAAUAUACGUUUAUAGCACAACUCUCCACAAUCAUCAGAGUAAAAAGGCGAAUCAAUGGUGCAGAUGCUGGCAAAAAGGUCGCUGAUUCUGUCUAGGAGGCAUGAAAUGGUGAUUCCCACACUAGACCAUUAGAAAAAGAUGAGCCAAUCUCUCAAAAACAGUACCAUACCUACUUAAUUUUUUUUUUUUUUUGUCAAUGAUGUGAAUCGCCAAAGGCAGACAAGGUCUCAACAUUUUGUUGUUACUGUAUACAUGUUGCCCAAGCACAUUGAAGAAAACUUUUUUACAUUUUCAAUUCCUGCUAACUGCUUUGAAAAGAUACUAUAAACAAAAAAAUCACGAUUUUAGUUGAUCUUUUUGCUCUAACAACAGCAAUUAACUUAACAAUUCCAAUUAAAAGUAAGAAAUAGCUUCAAUUCUGCUUCGAGGAAGAAAGCCAUCAAGAGAUAGGACAAUGGUUAAUUGGUUUAACCUAUUUAAAAGGAAAAGGAAACGAAAUUUUACACCUGUUUUAAUCAACGAGGACAAUAGUUAAUUGGUUUAAUCUUUGUCAACAUUUUUUACUUUGGUCAAGAAGGCAGGCAAGGUUGCCAUUACAGAACCAAAUGACUUGAAUCAACAACAACAGUAUGAGAAAUCAAGGAUUACCAGUUCACCUUGGCAAUCUUGAAUUUUGCACUGCAAUUUUGCCUUCCCUGAACUUCUCUGAUUCCUCACAAGCUUUUAUAUACCUCCAACCCAACCACACUCCUCAAUCAGAGCAGUAAAGAGCGGUUGGAGUAUGGAUACCGCUACUAAGAAGCACAAUUAAUCCGAGAUUUUAACAAAUAGAAACAACUUGAACAAAUUUUAGCCCAUAAUUGGAAAUAGCCCAAAGAGGAGGGGUCAAAGAAUAAAUAUUACAAAACACUAGGGGAUAUCAUUAAUUAAUUAAAUUCUUUUCCCUUAACAUGGAACACUCCAUAAACAGAGCAACUCACUCAACUGAAAUUAAAAAAAGAGGCUCCAAUUAGGGUUUUCGAAGAAACUGAUCAAGUGGAAGGAUUCGAACGCGAAAACCCGUCUUUGAUAAAGUAAAAAAGAAUGGAGUUUUGCCCAACUUGUGGGAACAUGUUACAGUACGAGUUAACACAUAUGGGUAGGCCUUCGAGGUUCUUUUGCCCGACUUGUCCCUACGUUUGUCACCUCGAAAGCAAGGUUAAAAUAAAGAGAAGACAGCAUCUUGUUAAGAAAGAAAUAGAACCUGUUUUCAGCAAAGAUGAUAUGAAAAUUGGUGGCUCUGAGACUGAUGCAACAUGCCCUUUUUGCAACUUUGGAAGGGCCCUCUUCUCACAGGUGCAGAUUCGGUCAGCUGAUGAGCCAGCAACAACAUUCUAUCAGUGCUUGAAAUGCGAAAAGAUGUGGCGUGAGGAUUGAGUACAUGUUAUUCCCUUAUUUCUUACAUGCCCUGACUUUGUGGGGCAUGAUCCUUACAAGUCUCUUGAGUGCAAAUUUUGAGUUUCUUAAUUGUACUUGUACCUUUUCCUUUAUUGAAGCAAAUGGAAAUGAAAAUAGACGGAAGGAAAACAAAUUAUUGUGCAUCAGACAGAAGGAUUAUGGAAACAGUAGAUGGUCACUGCUUUAGUGUAUAAUUUAUUCAUAAGAUGCAAUAUAAAGGGCUAUGCAAGGCGAGAUACCAUGAUUAGUCUUCAAAUUAUGGGCAGUUAUAGUUUGCUUUUGAGAAUCUGAGGU